UUGUUAAUACUUUACCUCGGUAAAGCUGGUGUUUCGAUGAGAUAUUUGUCAGACUGGAUUUGAACACGGACAGGUAAGCAGCUCUGCAUUGAAGAAGAGCUCUGAAGAUGGACAGUGCCCAAGGUCAUAAAGCAUCUAAAACACCUGUACUGGAAAAAAAAAAUCUUCCAAAGAUGGGCCUGGAAAGUUCUCAAGCAGGCAAAGCCAAAGUGACCAAAAGUGAACAAAAAGUCCCACCAACAGAGUUAGAAAAAUUGGACUCCCUGAGAUCUAAACUGGAACAGUCGCUGGAUGAAUUCAUCAAGGCCAGGAAAGAGCUAGAGGAAAUACUCCCAGCAGAGGGCAGCAACGAACAAGGACAACUUGGUCCCAGAAGUUCUGCUGAAUUGAAAACAGAAUUAAAAAGACACAGAGAGCUGACAUCUAGAGUUGAGUCUGAUUUGAGAAGAAAAACUCCCAGGAUUCACUUACAAGGUGCAGUGAGGAAAGGUAGCUCCUAUGAUUUUCUGAAGUCCAUUAUGAGCUGAGAUAUGGAUAUGAAUCUCUACCCAACUCCAACCUUUUCACCAUUGCCUUUGUUGGUUUUUGACCAGGAAUACUUAAUAAAUGAGAUGCGUCUGGUCUGAAACAGAGACCAA